ACGACACGGCAACCGCCGUGCGUUAUGCUGAUAGCAGUUUUCGCUCGUGAUGACUGAGGAUAUGUUGUCCGGUAGAGGCCCGUUAACGCCAGAUAUAGGCGAAACUACUGUUUAACGAUGCAAAAUAAUUCAGGUGACUGGUACACAAUUUUCGGUCUGAAAUCGUCUAGCUAAAGAACAAAAUCCGCAACGCAUGUUUAUGUGUCGACGUCAUAUCACGCAUUCAAACGCAACCCCACCCGCGCCUCUCAGGUAAGCUUGCGGAUAUCGGGAGGUAUAAAGAUGAAACUGACCGGAGGCACGUGUCACAGCAUUCUUUGGGAGACUUCAGACGGUCGGUGAGAGGCAUGCAGAGUGGAGACAAACAUUGCGAGACUUGCAGUUACUGAUGUGUGCGGGCUUCCUGAAGGUUAACCAUGAAAGGGGGAAAUUCAAGGUGUGCUUUCUCCCUGGGCUUUGUGGUGGGCAGCUGUACCUUGUAUGUCUUCUUGAGACAGGUGUGGUUUGAGGAGAGCUUCACCUGGCAGCAUGAUGGCAAGAGCAACCUUACUCCACUGGGGCCAGAGCAAAACACCCACAAUCUAACCUGGAGAGUGGAAGGAUCUGCCCUGAUCAACCUCAGGCAGCCUCACCAGUCAGAAGAGAAGAGCCACAUUGCAGAUGAGCUAUUUAAGAAGGUGCGUAUCCUGUGCUGGGUGAUGACAGGGCCCAGUAAUCUACAGUCAAAGGCUCGGCAUGUGAAAGCCACAUGGAGCCGUCACUGUAAUGUAGUGCUAUUCAUGAGCUCUGAAGAAGAUCGCAGCUUCCCCACAGUGGGUCUUGGCACAGGAGAAGGCCGUGAUCAGCUCUACUGGAAAACUAUUCGUGCCUUCCACUAUGCUCUGAAGAACCACGGCAAUGAGGCGGACUGGUUCCUCAAAGCUGACGAUGACACGUUUGUUGUUGUGGACAAUUUGCGCUGGAUCUUGUCAAACUACACGGCAGAGCAGCCCAUAUACUUUGGCAAGAGGUUCAAGCCGUACACCAAGCAGGGCUACAUGAGUGGCGGUGCAGGUUACGUGCUCAGUAAAGAGGCUCUUAGAAGGUUUGUGGAGGGUUUUAGCACUAAAGUGUGCACUCAUACCACCUCAGUAGAGGAUCUUGCUAUGGGUCAGUGUUUGGAGAAAAUGGGGGUGUUAGCAGGGGACUCGAGGGACACAUUGCACAGAGAAACCUUCCAUCCUUUCAUUCCUGAGCACCAUCUUACAGGCAAGUUCUCCAAGACCUUCUGGUACUGGAACUACUGCUUCUACCCUAUUGUAGAGGGCCCACAAUGCUGCUCUGACCUAGCAGUGUCUUUCCACUACAUAGACCCUGUGCUAAUGUAUACUCUUGAGUACUACACUUACCGUCUGAGGCCCUAUGGCUACCAACACCGCUACCAGCCUUCAGUGCCUGCUAUACUGUCUCAGACUGUGAAGCCCACCAAAGAAGUUCAGAGAUUAGAGGAGCAUGUCAAUGAAAAGUCAAUUUCAGGAAACACCAUGAAGCCCAGAGCUGAUGCAGAGAAGACUAGUGAAACAGACAAAGUCUCAAAUGCUACCCUGGAGAGAAAAGCAACUGACAACAAUACAGCAUCAACACUACAAAGCCAACAAUAGCCUCAAGGUGUGGGAGCACAUCUUAUAGAUGGCCCGAGGACAUAAAAGGCUGGAAUAGGAGAGCAUUACAACAAGGACACACUGAACAAUCUCGUUUGAAAUCAGAAUGCUGUGUGUGAAAGUGAAAAGCUGAGUUUUAUAUGGUCAUUCUUAUAGGUUCCUUUUUUCCCUUUUCUUUUUGACAGAAGAUCAGCUCAUAUCCUAAUGUGAAUUCUUAAAAUGUUGAAAUGCCUGUUUGAUGUCAGUUUUGUCCUUGGAGUGGGCAGUGAACUAGGCAAACACCUAUUUACUUCGAAAGCCCCCCUGCAUUUUUAUGGAAUCUUCAGAUGGACUUUGAUGUGGUACUGUCUGUGUAGGCUGUUACAUUAAUGAACUGUUACCUUAAGGAAGAACAGUAUGGUUGGGCCAUACCAUGGUUUAGUGAUCUACUGAAAAGUAGUUAUAGACCAUUUUCACGCUAGCGCCAUCUUUGAUUUUUAAUGGGAAUGACAAUGAGGCUGUGAGGGAUAGACUCACAGGCUCUUCAAUGGGCUGUACUGCAGUUUCAAGUGUUUUUGGAUCGUUUCACAGACAAAAAAUGAUAAAAAUAUCCAUCCCAGAACAUUCAGUAUACAAAGAACUCCAGACAACAUGAGUUGUGGAAAGUCAGAUGUGAUCCAAGAUCUUUAUACAGCUUUAUACCGUUCAUGCCAUUGAAGAGACGGUAAGUCUAUCCCUCACAGCCUCGUUGUCAUUUCCAUUAAAAAUCAAAGAUGGUUCUACUGUGAAUAAGGAAUGAGGCAUUAUGGUAAAUUAAAUGCAUAAACUUUAAGUAUUAAGCCUGCCAGAUUUAGAGACAGAUUCAUGGCUCCUUUAUUAUGUUUAUAGUUCCAGUGAGCUUCUUUUUCAGAAAAACAAACUGCUGUUUUAAUCACCUUUGGUGAUUUCUGAAUUUUGCACUUUUUGUUUAAUUGACAGUUCCUAUGAAAAUACCAUCUGUUAUGUAAUAUUGCUAAUGAUGUUAAUGAAACAAGAUAUUAAAUGUUUAUCGGUUCUUGCCACUUUAGUUUUUCUAAGAUAGUUCAACUACAUGUGGUGUGCAAUUGGACAUUGUUGAAUUUUUGGAAUGUUUUUUUUUUUUUUUUUUGAGGGAUACAGGGAAAUUAAGUUGACUCCAGAGGUUGCAUGGUAAGAUUUCACAGUCACUAACUUUUAUUUCAUGACAUAAUUAUGAUAUGAUGAAUAUACUUCUACUCUCUUAUUGUGCUGCUGUUUUGAAUUAUGAAGUAAUAAAGCAUUGUGAGAUUAGAUAUUAUUUUUAUUUACAAAAAUCAUGUUUUAUACAUAAGACAGCAAAAAUUACUUUUAAAUAAAUAUAUUGAAAUGCAGGAAAACUGGAGAUUUUAAAUCUGCUUAUGUACAGUAGUGGCCAAAAAUAUUGGCACCCUUGGUAAAUAUGAGCAAAGAAUGCUGUGAAAAGAAAUCUGCAUUGUUUAUCCUUUUGAUCUUUCACUCAAAAAAUUCACAAAAAUCUAACAAUUGAAAAAGGGAAAAUAUCUCUUUAUUAAAUAAAUAUUUUUCUCCAAAACAUGUUGGCCACAAUUAUUGACACCCCUAGAAAUUCUUAUGAGUAAAAUAUAUCGAAAGUAUAUUUCCAUUCAUGUUUUUAAUUUUUUAGUGCACCUGGGUUACUAGGAACAUGAAAUUUUUCAGCCAUGACUUCCUGUUUCACAGAGGUAUAAAUAUGAGGGAACACACAAGCCAAAUUCCCUUAAUCAUCAGUCACAGUGGGUUAGACUAAAGAAUGUAGUUCUGAUGUGUGGCAAAAGGUUGUUGAGCUUCGCAGAAUGGGAAGUGGCUAUAAGAAAUUAGCCAAACCAUUGAAAAUGCCCAUUUCCACCAUCAGGGCAAUAAUUAAGAAGUUCCAAACAACUGGAGAUGUAAAGAAUCGACCUGGAAGAGGACAGGUCUCCAAGCACAGUGAGGAGGAUGGUUCAAGUGGCCAAAGAAUCUACAAGGAUCACAGCUGGAGAACUGCAGAAAUUAGUUGGGUCUUGGGGUCAGAAAGUCUUAAAAAAAUAUCAGACAUCACCUACAUCACCACAAGUUGUUUGGAAGGGUUUCAAGAAAAAAGCCUCCGCUCUCAUCCAACAACAAACUCAAGCGUCUUCAGUUUGCCAGACACUACUGGAACUUCAAAUGGGACCGGAUUCUAUGCUCAGAUGAAACAAAAAAAGCUUUUUGGCAUCAAACACCAGAGAUAGGUUUGGCACACACAGAUGAAGUACCCAAUGCCCAUGGUUAAACGGAGUGGUGGUGGUGUAGUGGACUAAAGCACUGAACUGGCAAGCGGAAGGUUGUUGGUUCAGUCCCCACAGCCACCACCAUUGUGUCCUUGAGCAAGACACUUAACUCCAGGUUGCUCCAGGGGGAUUGUUCCUGUAAUCAUGGCACUGUAAGUUGCUUUGGAUAAAGGCGUCAGCCAGAUGCAUAAAUGUGAAUGUGGUGCUGGACCUUUAAUGUUCCUGGACAUCUUGUUCAGGAUGACUCUAUCUUUGACUCUAUCAAAUACCAACAAAUCAAAACCUGGCUCCCUAUGCCAGAAAGCUUAAAAUGGACCCUGGUUAGAUCUUCCAGCAGGACAAUGAUCCAAAACAAACAUCAAAAUCAACACAAAAAUGGUUCACUGACCACAAAAUCAAGGUUCUGCCAUGGCCAUCCCAGUCCCCUGACCUGAACCCCAUAGAAAAUUUUUGGGGUGAACUGAACACCAACACCAACAUGGAUCUCUGAAUUUGAAGGAUCUGUAGAGAUUCUGUAUGGACGAAUGGUCUCAGAUCCUUUGCCAUGUGUUCUCCAACCUCAUUAGGCAUUAUAAUAGAAGACUCAGAGCUGUUAUCUUGGUAAAGGGAGGUUGCAAAAAGUAUUGAAUAAAAGGGUGCCAAUAAUUAUGGCCAAUGCAUUUUGGAGAAACUUUUAUUUAUUUAAUAUGAGAUAU